AUGGACGAGGCUGAUUUCAUUGGCAAUUGCCCUAUCAUAGACCCCGAAUCGCUUGCCUUGUGGAUGGCUUCCUCCGAAGUAGACCAGAAGGCCUUGGGCAACUUCGCGGCCAUGACCAGCCUUGAAAGCCCGUUUCUAUCCGCCGUCUUGUACAAAAUGCUGGGCCUGUCGGUCAUGCUCUCGAAAAAGCUUCUUCGUGCCCGACGGCUGCGGCGUCUAGAUCCCACCCGAGAAACCAAGUCACUCCAGCUGUACCAUCACAUCAUAUGGCUCUCCCGUGAGGGCCUGUUAAUGCUCGAGGGGUUUAUCUUUCCCCUGAUCGAUAAAUACAUGGAAUUGAAGAUCCUGGCCUACAAACUAAGGGCCUCGUUCUACCACAUAUUCGUUUUGUUUCACAACCAACCCGCCAUCCACUCUCCGGGGAUUUCCAGCAGUCGGAGCGACGACGCCGUGCCCAAUGGAAGCGCCCAUACCGCAUCCCCGACGAAGGAGCUGGGCCCGAGGUUUUCAUUUAAAUCGAAACCGGAAAGCAUAAGCGUUCCCGAUACUCCAACUUUCACCGCAGGAAAUGCGCCUCGGGGGAAAUUGACGCAGGCGCCUCCGGGACUCGCACCUGUCCUACUGCCCCAGUCGGCCUCGUUUCUUCUGCCCAUUCUUGACUACACACCCACUGCGACGGCAUGCUUCAACCAAGCCUCGGUUCUGGCCGAGCGGUUUCUUCCCGGAUCCCACCCGUUGCGCCUCUCUAUCAAACUUGAAUUCGCUGCCUACUUGUACGAUUGUCUCCACGAUUCAACUGCCUGCCGACGACUCGCCAAACAGGCCAUUGCCGAUGUAUAUAAUGCCCAGGAGGGAAUGGAUGACGAAAGUUUCGAGGACGCCGCGGAGAUCGUUGGGAUCCUGGGCAAGAUGGUCAAACGGGGUGGCAAAACCAGUAGCGCCGGCAGCAGCACGACGCCAUCGGGGACGCUCCGGGCGGAAAGUUCGAAGAGCGGCGACAGUCGAACGCCGCCCGUUAAGAAUGCGCCUUCUAAAAAGUCGGAGCAAAAGAGCAGCGGACAAUUGCCUCCUGCCGUUCCCGACCCGACCAUGAUGAAUCCUAUAUGA